AAGGCUGAGGAGCUCUCAGGUUGUUUCUUGGGGCGUUUUUGCGGCCAUGGACGCCUUGUCCUUCCUCUCGGAUGUGUGCGGCGUCCUGAAGACGCUGAAAAGGACAGGCUGGGUCAUGCGGAAGGUGCCGCUUCCGGAGAGCGAUGCAGAUCACAUGCAGCGCUGCGCCAUGUGCGCCAUGCUUCUGAGUCAGCCGGCAGAUCCGCGUGAUGAUUACUCUGGGGAUGCUGCAAAGUUUCAUCCCGACAAGGUGGACAAGGUCCGGUUGCUGCGAAUGGCUGUGACCCACGACCUCUGUGAGGCUUUGGCCGGAGACAUCACGCCCUUCUGCAACCCAAGCCUAGUAGCCUCGAAAUUCGACAAGGAGAACCAGGCGAUGCAGGCCAUCCGCAAAGUGGUGGGGGACCCGCUGGGUGAGGAGCUGUAUGGACUGUGGAAGGAGUACGAAGAUCUGGAGACUGUGGAGGCCAUCUAUUGCAAGGACAUUGACAAGUUCGAGAUGGUGAUGCAAGCCUUCGAGUACGAGAAGGAGCACUUGCGGCCCACCAGCGAGGUGGGCGCCCACCCGCUCCACGACUCCUUGGCCCUGGACUCCCCCACAAACCCGGCGGUGUCCGACGAGCCUUUGCGGCGCUUCUUCGUGAGCACCAGCUCGGUGCUGCGGACGCCUUUGUUCCGGCGCCUGGACAAGGAGCUCCGGGAGCGGCGAGAGCAGAUGCUGAGGCAAAGAGGCUGGGAGGUCAGCGACGAGGAGCGCCAGGCGCCUUCGCGGGCCUCCCCGUCCCCAACUUCCUCGCCGUCAGAGAAGGCGUCAGGCUGAAAUGCGGCCGGCACGAAAAAGGAGCGAGCGAGG